AAUGCCAGGCGUACCCUCGAGUCGGGGCUGCGAAGCCUGUCGCAAGCAGAAGAAAAAGUGUGAUCAACUCAAACCGGCUUGUUCGAGAUGCGCGAGACUGAAAAUUCCAUGUGUAGGAGCUGGACAGCAGCGAUUUAAAUUCAAGGACCAGGCUGUUGCUUUGAGAUCGAAUGGCACGACGAAGAGUCCAAGGUCGAUUUCGCCUGUGGAAGUACUCCUGCGAUCUCCCAGCAAUGAGAUGACAGUGCUAUCGAGUGCGUUUGUCUCUGCUUUGGAGAUUACAGAUACCCGAUAUGACCUCAGCUGCUAUGGAGGAUUCAUCAAAAACAUCCCAAGACGGCUCGGGACAAAUGAAGUUUUGGAUGCAGCAGUUGCCGCCAUGACGCCUGCUUUCUCGGCCAUUUGUUCGCGCCAGCAAUCCGUCGAAGCUUUUACCAAGUAUGGACAAGCAUUAAAUGCUCUCCGAGUCGGUCUGAAUAAUCCCGUAACCGCAACAUCGUUGGAUACGCUGUGUGCCAUUUACUUGAUUAUGAUAUGCCAGGCCUGGAUAGGAGCAUCAGAUGACAACCAGUUUACCUCCCAUGGCGAAGGCAUGGAGCAUGUUCUAAAAGCAAUUACUGAGAAUAACUGGCAUGACAGUAUAGACGAAGAAAUGCUUAUCACUCUAUGCAUGCCCGUGAUAAUCGAAGCUAUAUUCAAUCCCAGAAUCAAACUCGGGUCCUGGUUUCAUAAACUCACAGCGACCUUCAUACCAAAAAGGCCUCUUGUGAGCAACGAUGGGACGCCAUUCCAAUGUCUUAGAUUGCACAACAUCGGCAAACUUCCCCUGUUCGUUCGGGAUCCUGAAGCGCAUUUCUUCGAUAUACAAGAUUUCUACCGGCAAUUGAAAAAGGAAUAUCCAAUUUUACGAGAGCAUACGAAAAAGGCGAAAUUACAAGCCUCUUCUACUGCAACACGAAAGCCAACUAUGCUUGACAUAAAGAUCCUAUCUCGCUUCCAAGCUGCGUGUGGAAUCACACUUUCGUUGGCUGUAAUCCUCAACCGAAUACUAGCUGCCUUCGACCCAGAUGACGUGUCCCUUGAUGAAUAUUCGGUGCUCUUUUGCGAUGAUAUCAUGCUUCUAGCCAAAGAUGCAGGUCGGCAUCGACCUCUCGGAGCAGGGUAUAUGGUACUGUGUCUUAUGGCUGCAUGGUCAGCUACCAGCGACAAAUCCAGGCUGAGUGAGAUUGAGGAAAUUCUCAUAGACUAUCAAAAUGAUUUUUCAUCAACAAGGUGGAGAGAGGGAUGUAUGUUUUUCAAGUAUACGUAUGAAAGUCUGCGUGUGAGGCUGUUGACGCAGGCGUUGUCAUCUGUGGGCAUGGAACAGAUACAUGAAGUAGAUAUUAUAUAGAUCGAACAUAUGUUAUUAUGGGAAUUCAGCCUCACCGCCACCAUCCAGUAGUAGCGUAACAAUCUCACCAUGCCCCCUUUAUGAUAGCCCAGUCUAGUGCUGUCAAACCUUCAUGAUCCUUCUUGUUAAUAUCAAAAGGACUGCUUCUGUCCAACAACAUCUCAACCAUCUCGACUCUUCCACAUUCAGCUG